CGCUGUGUAGCCCAUGAAAGCUCACUUUGGAGCUCGCCAGAGCUGACUGGAAAACCUCACUUCGUUGCGACAUUUAAGUCCGACUAGCUACUGCGCGUAACCUAAACUCGAACAUCAACAGCCUGGCAACCACAAAGGCACUCAGAGACCGGGACUCCUUCAACAUGUCUUCCGCAAACGGCCUCGCUCAACAUGUGCCGGCAGGCGGCAACACAGUGCCAAGACGUCCAACCACUGGCGGCAAGAGACUACCUGGACGUGCGACCACUGGCGGCAAGCGGCUGCCGGGCCAGUCGUCCACUGGCGAUAAGGGACUACCUGAGCAUGCAUCAAGUCACGAGGAGAAUUUCCCUAAGCACUUGUCCACGAGCGGGAAGAAACUGCCCGGCCGGGGAUCGUAUAGAUCCAUUGGGGGCAAGAGGUUACCAGAGCACGUCGAGACAGGAGGCAGCGGGUUGCCUCCGCCGCUGCCUGAGACUGGCUUGGAGGUUGACAAUGACGAUGGCGCAGUGAUACAGAGGGAAGUUGGUGAAGAUGACGGGAAUGCAAUGGUCGACGGUGAGCUUGACGACGAGGGCGAUGCCGUGGUAGAGGACGGAAACAACGACGAGGACGCAUCACCGGCAUCAGAGGUUGACAAUGACACCACAUCCCCAUUGCGAAACACAACACGAGAUACAGAGACACCAGGCAAUCGGCCAUCUAGCAGCGAAGAGGUGGCACUGACCUUGCCCAAGGCUACAGAGACUACGAGGACAAAACGCAAGAAGCACCGGCCCAUGGAUAAAACCGAACAGGAAGAGCAGAUGAAGCGACUCCAAGCCCAGCUGGACCUUUUUCCGCAACCUGACAAGAAAGAGGACUCAGUGGUGGCUGCAGCAAUCAAUCCGAACCAGACCACCUCGCCAGCCAUCCCAUCAUCGCCGAACAGCGCGCAGGAAAUCGCUAAACCUGGCUCAAAACGACCAGGCAAGAAGCGGAAAAGCACUUCGCUCACUCAGACAGCACAAGUCGAAUCUCCGCAAGCUGGCAAGAAUUCCAAGCCAACGCGUGCCAAAAAGCAGAAAGCCUCUGAAACAGAUGAAGCGAUGGAGAGAGUCUACGAAAAACUCUCCCCUGAAGCGAAGGUGGUAAUGUCCACCCUUCGAGACCUGGGCUCGCGUUUCGAAACCUCACUCGAUGCCGUGGCCACCAAUGCCGGGGCCGUGCUCUCCGCGUCCGGACUCGGCGGUAAUGCCGCUGUGGCUGCCGAUGUGGCAGGAUUGGUUGGCGCCUGGAAAGAGAGUCAUCGGGAGCAUUUGGGGGGUGUGGUCAGCUUGCUGGAGCGGUAUGGGGUGCUGGCAAUGGGGGCGGUGGAGGUGCCCAACGGCGAUAAUGGCGGCAACGUUUCUGGGGGUCGAGAGGAGGACACUGGUGGUGCUGGGGGGCUAUUCGACGGCGUGGAGAUCGGAGAGGAUGGAGAGGCGAGGAUUUCUGCGGCUUGACGGUGGAAAGACCUAGCUUGGUGCUGGGCUCACUCAAAGUGCCUAGGCUGUCAUCGCUCUUCAAAAGAUGCUUCUAUAGAAUAGCAAAGAAUGUGAAUUUGGAA